AUCCCUUAAACCUAACCUUUCUGAAUAUUUUCAUUACCUAUAAAAAUUUGUGUCGGCGUAACUUAACAAUGAAUCGUAGAAGUAAACGUAUCUUGGAUCUAGCUCGAGACAAGAGCCUAGCAGAUAUGACUCCUUCAAGCUCGGAUAAUAGCCAAAUAAUUUCCGAUUCGGAAUAUAAAUUACCAGAAGAAUCCGAAGCAGAAAGUUCGUGGGAAUGUGGAUACAGAGAAAGUGAUUUUUUUUUGGAUAGCCCUAUUGAACUGCGUCAAGAAUUGCCCGACAGUACAUAUACUACGAUGCAAACAAUACAACCAGGUUUACCUCCCGAAGAAAAUAAUAGCGUUGACCACAAUUACUGUGUCAGUCUCAGACAAAAUGACAAUCUGGAUUCCGAAGUUAAAACACCUGGAAAAACUCGACGUGUUAGGAGAAAACAUCAAUGCCUAUAUUGUAAUCAAGAUGUCGGAAAUUUCUUAAGGCACAUGGAGCGUAAUCACUGGGACGAAUUCCAAGUACAGGAAAUUUUGUCGCUAGAGAAGAAAUCUAAGAAACGGAUUAAGUUGAUUGAUAAACUUCGUAGGGAAGACGACGUUUACCAAACCGCUAAAGUGAGCAAGUUAUUAUUACUUUCACAAAACAGUGCGUUAUUUGAAAAGAACAAAGGGAAACCUCUGAGUGAAAUAGAAUUAAGUGAUGAGAUCAUAGACGAAAGUGAUGACAAUUAUUUAGAAGAUUUUUACGAAAAUGUGUUAGAAAAUCAAAACCCGAAUCAAUUGAAAAAUCAGGAUCAGGUUCCUGCCUUUGGUGUAGCAGACAUUCCUAGAGAAAAAAAAACGGAAACCUGGGUUCACGUCAACUGUAAAGCGCCUUCUAGGUUCUAA